UUAAAUACGAAUGUGUUGAAUGCAAGUUCAAAAUCUUUAUUAAGUUGUUCAUUCAAUAAGAGAUUAAAUAUGUAAAUAUAAAUGGCAAGCACUAUCACGGAGCUGUGUUGCCUCGACCUCACGGUGCAGCUCCUGCCGGGGCAGAUUGAUGCCGGAGACUCGGUGGCGCAGAACAGGAAACUGGUGUUCACCAUCACCCUCACCAUUGCUCCUAACCUGCCUCAGACUCUGUGUGUGCGCAUCACGGACGCAGACGACCCGCAGGUGCUGCUCACGUCCUGCGUCUCCGCUGCUGACUACCCGGGCCUUAAGGCUGCCCAGGGUUUGCUGGUAGAUUUCCAGUCGUUCCCGCAGUAUCUCAUCCAACUGCUGCAAUCCUGCCAGCAGCAACAUGGACAACUGCAACCCAGGAUGGGUGUGAUGCUGAGUGGGUGUGGGGCGGUGCCGGGGCUGCUGGGGGAGACAGCAGGGCACCCCCCACAGUCUG